AAGCGGGCUUCGGAUCUACGAGAAAAUUCAAUUUACGAAAUGUCUAAUUUGUGUGAAAAAGAUCAACAAAUUCUUGAUUGUAUCUUUAACCCAAAUCAAUCGUUCGGUUUUGAAGUACAUUCACAAGAACCCGAAAGCCAUAAAUGUACGAUAACACAUGACUACGAAGUAAGUGAAGAGGUCAAAGAAUUGGAAAUUUCUGCUGUAAAGUAUGCUGAAGAAGGAAAAUUGGAUUUAGCUUUAAGUUGCUUAAAUAAAGCUGUCAAUCAAUGUCCCUUGUGUGCAUCCAUCUAUAAUAACAGAGCACAAGUUCAAUUGCUAAAAGGCAACAAAGAGUUUGCUUUGUUGGAUAUUGAAAAAGCUCUAAAAGUGAGUAAUGGUUUGGGUGAAGUUGCAAGCCAGGCAUUCACACAACGAGCACUUAUUCAUAGAUUAAAUGGAAAUGACAAUGCUGCUUUGGAGGAUUUCAGACAUGCCGCAAGUUUGGGGAAUUUAUUUGCCAAAUCACAAAUUGUAGAGAUGAAUCCUUAUGCUGCAUUGUGUAAUCAAAUGUUGGCUGAAGCAAUUUUUAAACUAAGAUACUCUAAAGAAGCAUGAGUUUAGAUUAUUAUGAAUGUAAAAUCUAGACUAGUUAUAUCCUGCCUAGCGCAUGUUUAAUAAAUAAUUGCAAAUUAUGUUUAAUGCUAAAAGUUAUUGUUUGUUUUGCCAAGAGGUUUUAUGCAGGUCUUUGUUAAAAAUGAUCACAUGUUACAUCAGAAUAGUUGUUGAUGUCUAGGUGAUAUUUAAAAUUGAUGUUGUGAUAAAUAAAUCAUGAUUGAAUUUCAAA